AAAUAUACCAAGAACCCGACCUCACUUUCUUGGAAAGAAAGACAAAAACACAGAAAAAGGGUUUGCAGGUAGCAAAAUUUCAUCACUCCAAAUUCGUCACGAAAAACCAUAAACCGUCACUAAAUCAAUCUCCACAUCGAGUAAUCACCAAUGGACGUCAUAAAAUCACAACAAUUAUCAGUUCGAUCGAUCGAAAAAGUCGUCGUACAUCCGUUAGUACUCCUCAGCAUCGUCGACAACUACUACAGAGUCGCUAAAGACACUCGGAAGCGAGUCGUCGGUGUUCUUCUCGGUAGCUCGUUCAAAGGAACCGUUGAUGUCACUAAUAGUUACGCAGUGCCAUUCGAGGAAGAUGAGAAGGACCCCAGUAUAUGGUUUCUUGAUCACAACUAUCAUGAGGCCAUGUUCUCCAUGUUCAAGAGAAUCAACGCAAAGGAGCAUGUUGUAGGGUGGUAUAGCACUGGCCCAAAACUACGGGAGAAUGAUCUCGAUGUUCAUGGUCUAUUUAAUGACUAUGUUCCAAAUCCUGUAUUGGUUAUAAUCGAUGUGCAACCGAAGGAGUUGGGAAUACCGACCAAAGCAUAUUAUGCCAUUGAAGAGGUUAAAGAGAACGCCACUCAGAAAAGCCAGAAGGUUUUCGUUCACGUGCCUUCAGAAAUCGCCGCACAUGAAGUAGAGGAAAUCGGAGUGGAACAUUUGUUGAGGGAUGUCAAGGAUACCACUAUCAGCACACUUGCAACAGAGGUAACUGGAAAGCUGGCAGCAUUGAAAGGUUUAGAUGCAAGAUUGAAGGAGAUACGUGGGUAUCUUGACCUUGUUAUAGAUGGCAAGCUACCAUUAAAUCAUGAAAUUCUGUACCAUCUACAGGAUGUGUUUAACCUUCUUCCCAAUCUGAAUGUUGCUGAUUUGAUAAAGGCAUUUGCAGUGAAAACCAAUGACCAAAUGCUUGUUAUCUACCUUUCUUCUCUCAUUAGAAGUGUGAUCGCUCUUCACAACUUGAUCAAUAAUAAGAUGCUUAACAAGGAGCACGAGAAAGCAGAAGAUGCAAAACCGGCCACGGUUGUCAGUAGUUAGGGACGGACAAAACAUUUUAAUCUUGUUUUGUAUUGUUUUUCCAUCUCAACUGUUGUAUUGGAAUGGAUUGCAAUCCACGAUGAGUAACUAGUCGUAACAAGUCAACGAGUUUAGCUUUCGUACGGGUGAAAACAGGAGGGUCGGAUUCUCUUUUAAACACACAAAAGUUCCUUUUUAUAUA